AUGCGAUCGCUGCGCAACAUAUCCCUGGUCUGUUCUCAUUGCGAGGGGGAGGCGGGCGAUGUGAUCCUCGGCGGUGUACUUGACAAACCAGCAAGGACCAUGCAUGAAAAGCUAGUCCGCUUCACGAAAGAACAGGAUGAUUUACGCCGGCUGCUACUGCACGAGCCACGGGGUCGCCCAGAAAUGAGUGUUGUCCUUGUGCUGCCGCCCUGCAACCCUCAGGCGGAUGCGGGCUUUCUGAUCAUGGCCCCCGGGGACUGGGUACCGAUGUCUGGGUCGAACACCAUAUGCACCGUCACAGUCCUGCUCGAAACAGGAGCCAUCUCAAUGAAUGAGCCCUUUACCGAGGUGAAGCUGGAUACUGCGGCCGGAUUAAUCACGGCAACCGCCGAGUGCAGCAAUGGGAGAUGCAAGUCAGUGUCCUUCGACAACGUCCCGGCCUUCGUGUAUGGACUUGACCAAGCGGUCAACAUUCCUGGCUUUGGAACCAUCCUGGUGGACAUCGCAUAUGGUGGCCAGUGGUAUGUGAUUGCCCAGGCCAAAGACUUGGAUACCGAGAUCCACAUGUCGAAUAGAGACCGACUGGUCGACCUUGGCAACCGACUGAAGGCGGCAGUGCUAGCGCAAUAUAUGCCUACACACCCGGAGAAUCCAGCGAUCUGUGGCAUUAAUAAUAUCAUCAUCAGUGAGCCUCUUAUCGACCAGGAUGGGGUGAAGUCAGUGAAACAUACGGUCAUCGUCACGCCCGGAAGGUUGGAUCGGAGCCCAUGUGGUACCGGAAGUUCGUCACGCCUGGCAGUUUUAUACGCCAGAGGCCAAAUACGGAUCGGGGAAAAGGUCACCUUCCGAAGUGUCAUCGACACUGAGUUCAUUGGCAGUAUACGGGGGACACAGAAAGUGGGCAACACUGAUGCAGUACUGCCAAAUAUUCAAGGAAGAGCCUGGAUAACAGGAGAGCGGAAGGUUCUACUAGAUCCCGAUGAUCCUUUUCAGGCUGGUUUCUUGAUCUGA